GGUACCUGCGUAGCGGAGAAAUGUGAGCUUGGACCCGUGCAGGCGAGGUCCGAGGGCUGCCCUCACUGGGUAACUGUGACUCAGCGAGGGCUGCUUUCGAGGACGCGGGGCCUGAAGCUGACCGAGGGACGUCCCCGCUGCUUCCCGCCACCCGGGCUGUGCCUCAUGGAGUCUACGUUCAGCAGCCCCGCUGAGGCUGCGCUGCAGCGGGAGGCGGGCGCCCCGGGGCUGCUUACGCCCCCCGAAGACCUGGACCGUGUGUACGAGCUGGAGCGAGUCGCUGGAUUUGUCCGCGACCUGGGGUGUCAGCGGGUGGCCUUGCAGUUCCCUGACCAGCUACUGGGAGAUGCUGGGGCCGUGGCUGCACGACUGGAGGGGACCACGGGGUCGAAGAUGUUCAUUCUGGGCGACACGGCCUACGGCAGCUGCUGUGUGGAUGUGCUGGGCGCCGAGCAAGCCGGAGCUCAGGCCCUUGUACACUUUGGCCCUGCCUGCUUAAGCCCUCCAGCCCGCCCACUGCCUGUGGCCUUUGUCCUCGGUCAGCGUCCUGUGCACUUGGAGCUCUGCGCCAAGGCCUUUGAGGCCGAGAACCCAGACCCCAAAGCUCCGGUGGUGCUGCUAAGUGAGCCGGCCUGUGCCCAUGCUUUGGAGGCUUUGGCCACUCUCCUGCGCCCACGGUAUCUGGACCUGCUUGUCUCCAGCCCAGCUCUUCCCUUGCCAGCGGGCUCCUGUAGUCCAGAGCCUGAGCCCCUAGAGCGUUUUGGCCGCCGCUUCCCCCUUGCUCCAGGGAGGUGUCUGGAAGAAUAUGGUGCCUUCUACGUGGGGGGCUCUGAAGCCAGUGCUGACCUAGACCCGGACCUGAGCCGGCUGCUUUUGGGCUGGGCACCAGGGAAGCCUUUCUUCACCUGCUGCCCGGAUACAGGGCAGACUCAGGAUGAAGGUGUCCGGGCUGGGCGGCUCAGGGCACGUAGACACUAUCUGGUAGAGAGGGCCAGAGAUGCCCAUGUGGUGGGGCUCUUGGCAGGCACGUUGGGUGUGGCCCGACACCGUGAGGCGCUGGCACACUUGCGGAACCUGACUCGGGCUGCAGGCAAGCGUAGCUAUGUGUUGGCCCUGGGGCGACCCACGCCUCCCAAGCUCGCCAACUUCCCUGAGGUGGAUGUCUUUGUGCUAUUGGCCUGCCCUCUUGGUGCUUUAGCUCCACAGCCUCCUGGUGGCCUCUUCCGGCCUAUCUUGGCACCGUGUGAGCUAGAAGCUGCCUGCAACCCUGCCUGGCCACCUUCAGGCCUGGCUCCCUACCUCACACAUUAUGCAGAUUUAUUGCCUGGCUCUCCCUUCCAUGUGCCCCUCCCACCACCUGACUCAGAACUGUGGGACACCCCAGAUGUGUCACUCAUUACUGGGGAACUCCGACCCCCACCUGCAUGGAAGCCAUCAAAUGAUCCUGGAUGUUUGGACCUGAACUUGCGGCCCCAGCUAGAGCUGGCUGAGAGCAGCCCUGCAGCCUUGUUCCUUAGUUCCCGGAGCUGGCGAGGCCUGGAGCCCCGCCUGGGUCAGACACCGGUGACAGGAGCUGUGAGCGGAAGACGAGGGAUUGCCAUCGCCUAUGAGGAUGAGGGAAACAGCUGAUACCAUGUGAGGUCAGACACACAGAUGGACUUAAGAAUUGAUGCAAAGACCUUUAAAGUUCCCUGCAUCAACCUCACUCCUUGCCAGGAACCUUGAAAGAGCCUGACUGCAGGGAAGGGCAGAUAGCCCCUCACUGAAGAAGGGAAUCCAGCUCUGUCCUGUCCUGGCACCGGCACAGGGCUUAGCAUAUAGUGGCUUAAUAAAUGACUUUUGGACUGAUGGGAGUGAUUUGAGGCUUUUCUGAAGGUUUAUUGGCCCAUCUGUCCUCCUGGGAACAGCCCAGGACCUCUGGCCAGUCCCAGUUUCUGAUGUGCAAUUGACAGUUUGCCCUUGUCAAAGGUUCUAGGUGGUCUAGACCAGGGUUUCUCAACUUUGGUUCUAUUGACAUUUUGGACCACGGAAUUCUUUGCUGUGAGGGGUUGUCCUGUGUACUGUAGUAUGUUUAGCAUCGUCUGUGGUCUCUGCCCACUAGAUGCCCCCAACAUACCCCUUCCCAAUUGUGAUAACCAAAAAUGCCUCCAGACAUUGACAAAUGUCUCCAAUGGGGGCAAAACUGCCCCUAGUUGAGAACCACUAGUCUAGACUUGUGUUCUCCAAAAAGUAACCACUCGACACAUAGCUAUUUAAGCAUGAAUUUAAAUUAGUUAAAAUUAAAAACUGUUUCUUUUUUUAUUAUUUUAAAUUCAAUUUGUUUUUUGUUUUUUUUUUAAGAUUUUUUAUUUAUUCAUGAGAGACACACAGAGAGAGAGGCAGAGACACAGGCAGAGAGAGAAGCAGGCUCCAUGCAGGAAGCCUGAUGUGGGACUCAAUCCCUGGUCUCCGGGAUCACACCCUGAGCCAAAGGCAGAUGUUCAACCGCUGAGCCACCCAGGUGUCCCAAAUUCAAUUUGUUUUUGUUUGCUCAUUUACUUUUUUUUUUUUUUUUAAUUUAAAUUCAAUUUGAAAAACUCAGUUUCUCAGGGUGCCUGGCCAGCUCAUGCAAUUCUUGAUCUGAGUCAUGAGUUCAAGCCCCAUGAUGGGUAUAGAGAUUACUAAAAAAAAACAAAACAAAAACAAAAAAAGACGACAAAAAAACAACACAAACCUUUAAAAAUAAAAACUCAGUUUCUCAGUCACACUAGUCACAUUUCAGUGCUCGUUUGGCCACAGGAGAGGACAGUGUAUCUAUAGGACAUUUCCAUUAUUGCACAAAGUUGUAUUGAACAGUGCUGGUCUACACGGACUGUAACUUUGUUUCUCAGCGAGAGUGUGGAAACUUGAAUAAACUAGAUACAUUUUU